GUUGCCCUGAAAGGUACCAACCUCUGUAGUCCCUGCAAUAGAUACACUAACUACUAGAAAUAAAGAUUUAAAUAAUGCUGCCUUCCAUGAUGAAGCAUGAGUGGAACCUAUGCCCAAGCAUCUUUUUUUCCAUAUUCCACAUUUGCUUAUCAGUCCAAACCAAUUACGGCCCCUAUUUUUUUGAUAAUGGGCCUGGAAGCACUAAUGGGAAUAUGGCCUUGCUUAGUCUGUCUGAAGACACACCAGUUGGUGCUUACAUCUAUGCAUUAAAUGGAAGUGACCCUGAUGGAGACCCUGUGACAUUUGGGCUCACAUUUGAACCUGGAUCAAAACGUUAUUUUGCUGUUGAUCCAGACAAUGGAAACGUUACAUUAAUUGAAGAACUUGACAGAGAGAAACAAGAUGAGAUUGAAGUAAUUGUCAGCAUUUCGGAUGGGAUAAAUAAAGUUUCUGAAAAAGUCAGAGUUUUGGUAACUGAUGCCAAUGACGAAAGCCCGGGGUUCCUUAAUACUCCAUAUAUUGUGACUGUGCCUGAGGACACUCCUCCAGGAAGCAGCAUUUUUAAGAUAGAAGCAGUGGACAAAGAUACAGGGUCUGGAGGUAGUAUCACCUAUAUAAUACAGGAAGUGCAUGGCAGUAAAUUUACUAUAGAUCGUCACAGUGGAGUUUUGAGGAUAAAAGCGGGGGUAUCAUUAGACUUUGAAAAGUCAAGAACUCAUUUUGUCUCUGUGUUGGCAAAGGAUGGUGGUGGGAAACUUCGAGGAAAGAACCAGGUUUUCACAUCAACCACCACAGUGACUAUUAAUGUUGAAGAUGUGCAGGAUUCACCUCCAGUGUUUGUAGGAACACCAUAUUAUGGCUAUGUUUAUGAAGACACCACAAUGGGAUCUGAAGUACUUACUGUCAAGGCAUAUGAUGGAGACAGAGGCAACCCUAAUACUAUAUACUAUUCCAUAGUGAAUGGAAGUGAUGGAGCCUUUACAAUCAAUAAUGCUACUGGAGGAAUUACAGUUAUAAAAACCCCAGAUGAACUUAAGAAAGAAGUCUAUGAGCUUAAAAUUCAGGUAUCAGAAAUUACACCUGAAGGGGAUAAAGUAGCUCAUGCCUUCACUGUUGCAACUGUUAGAGUUGUAGAUCUUAAUAACCACCCUCCAACAUUCUAUGGGGAAAAUGGGCCCCAAAACAGAUUUGAACUUACAAUGUAUGAACAUCCACCAGAAGGAGAGAUACUAAGAGGUCUAAAAAUUACUGUCAAUGAUUCUGAUCAGGGUGCAAAUGCCAAAUUUAAUCUGCGCUUGGUUGGGCCUGGUGGCAUUUUCCGUGUUGUGCCACAAACUGUUUUGAACGAAGCCCAAGUUACAAUUAUUGUGGAAAAUUCUGCAGGAAUAGAUUAUGAAAAAUUUCACUUGUUUACAUUUAAGCUUCUUGCUAUUGAAGUGAACACUCCUGAAAAAUUUAGCUCAACUGCUGAUAUAACCAUCCAUCUUCUGGACAUCAAUGACAAUGUCCCAAGGUUCUCUUCAGAGUAUUAUAUUGCCAGGAUUCCAGAGAAUUCUCCAGGGGGCUCCAAUGUUGUAGCUGCAACUGCCACUGACCUGGAUUCAGGACUUUGGGGAGAAAUCAAGUAUUCAAUUUAUGGCCCAGGAUCUGAUCCUUUCCUCAUCCAUCCUUCAACUGGAAUCAUCUACACACAACCUUGGGCUUCUUUAGAUGCAGAAGUCACCUCCAAGUACAACUUUUAUGUAAAAGCUGAAGAUACCGAAGGGAAGUACAGCUUAGCUGAGGUAUUUGUGACGGUCCUGGAUAUCAAUGAUCACAGCCCAGAGUUCAGUGAGAAUAUUCAAGAAAAGACCUUGAUAAUUGGCACCCCAGUUAAAAUAGAGGCAACAGACCAUGAUGCAGAAGAACCAAACAAUAUUGUUGAUUAUUCCAUCAUGCAAGCGGAUCCAUCCAAUGUUUUUGAUAUUGACCAAAGUACUGGAGAGAUUAAGCUAAAGUCUUACAUAAGGUCCCUAGAUAUUAUUCAGAAUAUAACACGAAAUAAAGACUGCAAAUGGUCAGUAGUGGUUCAAGCAAAAGACAGAGGCUCACCUUCAUUCAGCACAACUGCAGUAGUCAAGAUUGAUGUGACAGAGGAGACACUUCUUCACAAAGGGCCAAUGGCUGCCUUUUUGAUGCAAAGCAAAGAUAAUCCAAUGAAAGCCCUAGGAGUUCUAGCUGGUGUUAUGGCUAUUAUGGUGGUCAUUACAAUCUUCAUUUCUACUGCCAUGUUCUGGCGCAAUAAAAAGUCGAAUAGAGUUAUGCCUCUGCGGAGAAUAAUUAAAAGACGAAAAAAUGACCACCCUCCAAGAACAGCCAGGACAGAGUGGUUGAAGUUCAAAAAAUCCAACAAUUCUGCAGAUAAAUUCACCAUCCAGGAAAUGGAAUCAGGCCCUAAGAAUGAAAAUAGAAACAACAAUUACCAAGGUAUUCCUGUUCCUCCAAGGGCACCUUGCCCACCUCCACCACCUCGCCUAAUGCCAAAGGUCAGUAAAACAGAACGGAGCCUGCCUACAGUUUCUGGGUCCUUGACUCCCAAGAUCAUAGAUCAGCAGAUGAACGAGAGAGUCCCCAGUGCUAGUGCUGCUCUUGUCUCUGAACUGAAACAAAUGUUGGAAAAGAAGAAUGCAGGAAGCUCAAUGUCCUUCUAUUAGUAUUUCUAAGGAUAGAAUAGUUCUCAAAUGAAAUAUACUUUAUAAUCAUCAAGCAAUACUAAUGCCACAUGUGAAUAAGCUAUGCUUUGGUUUUAGAACUGACAGCAGAAGCCACAUACUGUAGCUGCUAUAAUUCUAAAAAUUAACCUUGUAGGCCUUGGUUUUGUUCAUUAUUAGCAUUUUUAAAAAGGGGCCCACAAACAAAGAAACAAAGAAUCAAAGAACAAAAUAGUUCACUGCUUUCUUGUAAUCAUCUGUAUUGUUUGUAACUGUAUUUGAAGUUCAUUUAUGAACUAACCACUAAGGCUACUUGGAUUGUGUAGUAACAGUAUUAGUAUUCGUUAUAAUAUUGAUAAUCAACAGCAAUGCCAGGGGAAGACAAGGGUGUAUUUAAAUAUCCUUUUAAAUGGUUUUAAAGGCAGAAGAGCAAUAUUUGUGAACUUAUAGUAGAACUUAUAGUAGUAGUUUUCAACAUUAAAAAAAGCCCAUGCAUCAGUGGAAGAAACAUUAAAAAUAUUAUAGUUUGCACCAGUGUGCAGUAUAUGUAAUAAAACAUCUUACUGAAAAGAGGCCACCUUUGCAUUCUAAAAUUUGGUCACAUACAGGGGUGUAACUACAGAGGAAGCAGCCCUGUGGCUUCAGGGGGGCCCACGAGAUAUAGGGGCCCCAUGAGGCCCUAAUUAAUGAGACAUUUCAACAUAUAUUGGUAAAACAGGACAACCUCUAGA